GAAAGCAAACUGUUCAACAUCGGCGCUACACUGCGGGUGUUAGAUGUUUGCGUCAAGCUACGAUGGUUGCGAUUCUGACAGUAGUUCAUCAAGCGAUACGCAUAAUGAAGUUGGUUAUGCCAGUAUUAUCGAAAGCUCUAAAGCCAAGGCUAUAGAAUUUGAUGAGUUAAUGAACAAAGAACUUAAUGCAGUAGUCAAACAAAUUCAUCACAACCAGCCGGAUUUUGAAACUGGGAAUAAACUAAAGAAAAAUCUUAGGGUACGGUUUCUAAAGGAAGAGGAUGAUUAUGCUAAUGAUGAAGAUAAUUUUCCUGUAGAUAAAGAUCCUCUCUGUGAUUAUGAUGAAGAUGAAGCUAAUUCAAAAUGGGUGCAAGAAAAUCUUCCUGGUGGCCACUGUAAAAAAUCAGAUGCUAUCCUUAAUUGUCCUGGAUGUAUAUCUGUGUUAUCAUUGAACUGUUAUAGGCAUCCAAAUUUUAAAACACGAUACUACACGGAAUAUCCUAUCAAUUGCUUUGCGGAUGAAACACAAGUCAUUUCUCGAACCAUGUCGAAGCCCCACAGAAAGAGCAAAUCUAACGCAGAAACUGAUUCGGAAUCGAACAGAACUACUUUGAAAGAGUAUCAUCCUGUCACUUGUAAAGUAUGUGGUAAUUCGGUUGGAUUUAAAGAAAUUAAAACAAAUAUGGUAUAUUUGGAUAAUGUUCUAGCAAGCCAUAGUUAGGAAAGCCAGCUAUUUAUCUAUUUUUUGACUAGUACUACUUACUGAUAUUAAGUAGUGCGAUGUAAAUAACAAUUUUGUUUCAUUUUCUGUAUAUAAACGAACUGUUAAUUUCUUAACAAAUAAGAAAGUAUUUGUUACG